AUGGCACCCAAAAACCGCAUCAUCAUUGACACUGAUCCCGGUGUCGACGAUGUUCUCGCCAUGCUGCUGGCCCUCAGCGCCUCGCCUGAGGAGCUAGAGGUGGUGAUGCUGUCGGUGACUUAUGGCAAUGUCCCGCUGCAGAGGCACAAGGACGGCCGCAGCUGUCUGCGCAAUGUCGUGGCGCUCUUCCAUGUCUUGGAGAAGGAGCUGGCAUGGCGCAGCUCGACUGGCCGGGCUUCCGGUCCGGGUUUUGGAGCGCUUAAAACGUACAAGCCCAUUGUCGCCUUAGGCGCCGAGCACCCGCUGGAGGACGAGCUGCUGAUGGCCGACCAUUUUCACGGUGCCGAUGGUCUGCAUGGCGUGCACGAGGCUCACCCCGAUCUCAGCCCUGCGGACACGUGGAAACAGCUCUUUGCCGAGGAGAGCCAGCACGCCAGCGCGGCCGCGCCUCCGGCCGACACGGCCUCGCUCUCGGCCUUCUUCACGCCGUGCAAGACGGUGGCCCACAAGGAGAUGUUGCGCAUCCUUCGAGAGGAGCCGGCCGACACGAUCACGAUUGUGGCGAUCGGGCCGCUGACCAACGUGGCACUGGCUGCAGCUGAGGACCCAGUGGCGUUUCUGCGGGUCAAGGAGCUCGUCGUCAUGGGCGGCGCCGUUGAUUUUCCGGGCAAUAUCACGCCGUCGGCCGAGUUCAACUGUUAUGCCGACGCGGUGGCGGCUGCUCGCGUCUACGCGCUGACGUCACCAACGCCGGCCUCAACCAUGCCGCCGCUGCUGCACGGCAAGUCCGUGCUGCCGCCGUAUCCGGCCAGCCUGCCGCGGCAGUUGAAGCUGACGCUGUUCCCGCUCGACAUUACGACACCGCACCUGCUCGACGAACCCUUUUUCCACGCGCAGAUCGCGGCGACCGAGCAGGCCGACAGUCCGCUCGCCCGCUGGGUCCGUUCGUUUAUGGACGGUACCUUCCGCAAGAUCGCGUCCAUCGAGGGCGAAGGCGGCGAGCUCGGCCUCUCGCUCCACGACCCCAUGUGCAUCUGGUACAUGCUGCAGCGCGACGACCCGGCUUGGAAGCCCGUGGCUAGGCCCGAGGACAUCCGCGUCGAGACCGUUGGCCAGUGGACUCGUGGCCUGCACGUUGUCGACCGCCGUGGCCGGGACCGGCCCGACGACAAAAACACCAACGUCGCCGCAGCCGCCAUCACGGCCGAGACUGUCCCCGGUGGCGACGACUUGCAGAUCGGCGAGGUUCCUGGCGACGACAUGGGCUGGAUGAGCACCAGAAGAGGCAACCGUAUCAACCGUAUUAUCGGCUCGCCAGGCGUCGACGUCUUUGCAGGGUACCUGAUGAAGAGGAUUUUUGAAUGCUAA